AUGAAGUUGACCGCCCUCUUGACUCUGUCCACGCUGCUAGCUACUGCCUUGGCUCAAGGUCUAGGUGAUCUGCCAGAUUGCUCGAAAGACUGUGCCACAGGUGCCAUUCCCAAGUCAUGUGGCAUUGAUAUCAAGUGCAUUUGUGAAGCCAAAUCUUUCUUAAGCGAUGUCUCAUGCUGCGUGGCCGACAAAUGCUCCAAGGAAGACCAGGACACAACCCUGAAGGUCGCGAGAUCCCUCUGCGCGCGCGGUGGGGUGACCGAUCUCCCCUCGUCGGUGACCUGCUCAACCGGUGCCGGCUCAUCAUCUACAUCCACCGGCUCUAGUUCCACCGAGACUGCAGCCAGCACUGGAACUGAGGCUUCGGCUGCCACUCAGACGGGUUCGACGACUACCGGCAGCACUUCGACCACAGAUAGCGCUUCGUCCUCUACCUCUGCUUCGUCUUCUGCCGCUGCAUCGACGAGCACUGGUGCCGCAGUCAUCACUCGCCAGGACUCUUCGCUGGUCGCCGCUGCCGGAGCUGCUGCCGCGUUCGCGAUGCUCAUCUAG